AUGGCGCUCUCUCGUCGCAGGGCCCCUUCCGCCCUCCUCCUGCUGGUCCUCCUUGUGGCCACAGAGAUGGGGGCGACGACGACCAAGGUGGCGGAGGCGCGGGACUGCGUGUCGCAGAGCCACAACUUCAAGGGCGCCUGCCUCAGCAGCAGCAACUGCCCCGCCGUCUGCCGCACCGAGAACUUCCCCCGGCGAGUGCCACACGCCGCACUUCGAGCGCAAGUGCUUCUGCGAGAGGCUCUGCUAGUCCGCCCGCUCGCCCCGUCCUGCCGAGACGUCCCAUGCAUGCUACUGUAG